AUUAAAGAUUACCCCGCCAGAGCAGGCGACCAAAAACAGAUUUAGCACACAUAAAUCACAUAAAUAAGUGGAUCCUCCGCUAAGAUUGCCCCUCCAAAAGUCCAACCUGAAUGGCCUCACUUCUUCUUCCCAUCUUUUAUCAACUAUCAUAACAAAAACAAAGCGCCUUUUUCUCGUCUUCAGACUCGCGUGACAACUCAAGCACGCUUGUUCAUCUUCAUAAAAGCAACCAUCGAUCAAAUACACGCCUUCCACAACUGUCUCACGGACGAUAACUCCCACCAAGAUGGCUGCGAAUCUGGAAGAGGUUGCGACUUUAUUCGUCCAAUACUACUACAACCAGUUCGACCAGGACCGAUCGGGCCUUGCAACCCUCUAUCGUGAUGGAUCUAUGUUGACUUUCGAGUCCAGCUCGUUCAAGGGCACCCCCUCUAUCAUCGAGAAGCUUCAGGCCUUGCCUUUCCAGCAGAUUAAGCACCAGGUGGCUACUAUGGAUCCCCAGCCUGGUGUCUCUCCGGACCACAUUAUGGUGCUCGUCACCGGUCAGCUCUUGGUGGAUGAGGAGCAGCGACCGAUGAGCUACACUCAGUCAUUCUACCUGGUUCCCGAGCACAUCAAUGGACAAGCCCAGUACUACGUCCACAACGACAUCUUCAAGCUUGUCUACGGUUAAACACGAAAAUUUGGCUAGUCGUUGCUGGUGGAUGAUGGGUGAUGGGACUCGGAGUACCACUGGGUUGGUGCAGGUGCCCGUGAAGGAUGUUCUCUUGCUAUAGACGGGUUGACUGCGGAGCUGGUCUGGAGGGUUCAUUACGUGCUAAGUGUGAAUCAUCUCUCAGAUAGGUUUCGCUGAAAUUAAACUUUUUCGACAACAAGUCCAUAUAUAUGUCAAUCUUAGUGAUAACGUUCACUAGUCAUUGCCUCAUGCAUCUCGUAUGAUGCCGUUCCUGCUACUUGCAUUCCCUCGCCCCUUUUCGAGACAACCACCCUACGUAGGUAAAUAUCUGGGGAAAUAUUAAUAUAUUUUAAUGGGCAUAUAUUUCUAAUGUUGUUUAAAUCGAACUAAACGUAUUGCCAACACUCCAGCCAGUUAAAAAGGGUGGUGUAUACAUGGAUACCUAGGUAGGUAAGUAGGCGGGUUGUUGCAAGGUCUUCUAACCAUGCAAGUAUCAGACCCUCCUUAGUAAAGAGCACGGAGUUAGCUGUUCAUGUUCAGACUAGCC